CACUAGCCAAUACUUUCAAUUUGUAGUUUAACAUAUUGACUGAACGGGGCACAUGACGUGACAAGACUUAUCAGUAUUUAUAUUUGGCUCAAAAGGAUUUUGCGUUCGAUUUGUAGCAAAUCUAUUGCGACAAAAUCGUGAAACAUUAGAUCAUCUGUCAAACAUUUGACUGCGCGCUAUCCGGAGACGGGAUAGUUAUUUAAUUCAACAUUGAGUUUGUGGUCGGACACAAUUUAACAUAUUUUCGUUAUUUCUGCAAUGAGCAAUAUAUUGGAUCAGCUGGAUACCAGUUUGUCCGAAGCACUGGACAAAUUCUUAUCGGAAAACAAAUAUGCCGAAGCUUUACAUGCGGUCGAAGAUAACAAAUACAAUUCGUCCUUGCUGAACAAUUGUUCGGAUGCAAUAGCUGUUGUAAUGAAAUAUCUCACUGAAGACAACUACAACAGUCGAUCAGAAGUCUAUGAUGUCGCCGAGACCAUCCUGAAAGUAAUUGCGAAAAAGUCGAAGGAGGAGGAAGCCCUGUUCGAGUUUAUGGAGAUUGUGGAGACAACCAAAAGUGACAAUGUUUUCAUGAGUGCACUGAAGUCGUUGCAGAUCUGUUUGCUGCGACAAAAGCAGAACAAGGCACGAUCGUUGGAAUGGUGCCUCAAUUCGAUACAAUCAUACAUUAGCGAACUUCCGUUUCCGGAAGACAUGAAGAGGAAAUUGGACUCCGAAGAGGAGAAAUUGCUGGAACAAGGUGACGAUGUACAACGAAUCCUAACCAAUUACUUCACCCUGUUUUUGUUCUACGAACCGGUGCUGGACAGUUUGGUCACAAAUCCAACCAUCCAACCUUUUCGUAAUGUGAAUAUCACACGAAAGAAUGUUCUUGGUUGCUUCAUUCUACAGUUGCUCGGACCACCUUUGGCUUAUUUGGACCUGAGUGAGCCGGUCGACAAAUCGCUUACCAACACAUACUCUCGGCAGUGUGCUGAAAGUAUUGUCCGACACUUUACGAAGCUGUUUCCCGAUCCGUAUUUUCUUUUACCUUAUGCGGAACGACGAAUCCGUUGGCCAAUUAAAAGUCGACCGAGUGCAGCAGGUGUUUACGAGGACGCGCCCAAAGAUAUUUUUGUGAUUGAAGAAAAAGUGCCGCUUCUCGCUGUCGGAGUGCUGUACUACCUGAUGUUUGCCGAAAAUCUUAUUCCACUCAACGCACCAACGGUCUACACGGAACUCCACCUCUUCGAAUCGAGUCUGUAUCUCAUCUGUGAAAUGUUCAAAUCGAAUGAGAACAUGAUCCACUACAAAGCGCUUCUUUUAACUUCUGCGCUGCUGGACAGAUUCGGUAGUGAGAGAAUUCCGAGUGGCAGCUUAGACUUGAAUGUUCACCAAAUAUUCUGCGAGGAGUUGAUUCGGAUCAUUUCGCAAACUCAAAUCAAAAGGAACAGCCAGAAAGGUAGUCAAUUGAUCAAGAAAUAUAUUCUGCAAUUUGACGAGGAUGGUCGAAUGGUUCUCAUCAAAAAUCUGUUAACCGUAACCACUCAUAAUGGACUAGUUGGGUAUUUUAUAACAAUUUACAAAGAUAUGGUUUCCGAGGCGUUAAACUCAUCCGAAACCGAAAUUUCAACACAUUUCAGUGGAUCGGAAUUGAAGUCUUUAACGUUGCAGCGCAUUUGUGUACUUCCCAAGGGUUCCGAGACGGAUCUACUGCAGAACAGCGAUGCCAUCAUAUGUGCCCUGAAUAUGAUCCGAUAUUUGUCCAUUCGGGACAAAAACAAUCGAACCAAUUUCUGGGACUGGGUUCGAGAUGUGGAACAGCAAUUUCUGGCACCGUUGCGGGUCGGAUUAGAUAUGACUCGAGCGCACUACAAGCUGGAAGAGAAACGAGUACAAGAUGGAACGGAUGACAAGAGUGUUGACGUGGAAUUGUCAGUAUCUGGGGAAUCGCUACCCGUGAUGUCGCAGGAAUAUAAGUUGCAAAUGAUAGCAUCGGCAAUGAAUACAUUUGAAAUGAUGGAAAGCCUUUUGUCCAGAGUCAACGAAUGCGUAGACAGUGUCAAAAGAAAAUUCUGAACAUUUUUGUCGUCAACUGUUUGCGGAAAUUAAAACUUUUUACUUAAUCAAAAACAAGUCUCUUUCGCAAAAUC